AUGUUUCCAUCAACACUAACAGUUCCACCCUCUCUACUAGCCCUACCAGUCAGCCUGCUGCCCCCUACCAAUCAGCCUGCUGCCGACUCUAACAGUGCCCCGACACAGGAAAAUGUUUCCAUCAACACUAACAGUUCCACCCUCUCUACUAGCCCUACCAGUCAGCCUGCUGCCGACUCUAACAGUGCCCCGACACAGGAAAAUGUUCCCAUCAACACUAACAGUUCCACCCUCUCUACUAGCCCUACCAGUCAGCCUGCUGCCGUCUCUAACAGUGCCCCGACACAGGAAAACGUUCCCAUCAACACUAACAGUUCCACCCUCUCUACUAGCCCUACCAGUCAGCCUGCUGCCGACUCUAACAGUGCCCCGACACAGGAAAAUGUUCCCAUCAACACUAACAGUUCCACCCUCUCUACUAGCCCUACCAGUCAGCCUGCUGCCGACUCUAACAGUGCCCCGACACAGGAAAAUGUUCCCAUCAACACUAACAGUUCCACCCUCUCUACUAGCCCUACCAGUCAGCCUGCUGCUGCUGUCUCUAACAGUGCCCCGACACAGGAAAAUGUUCCCAUCAACACUAACAGUUCCACCCUCUCUAUACUAGCCCUACCAGUCAGCCUGCUGCUGCUGUCUCUAACAGUGCCCCGACACCGGCAACAGUUACUGUCUUCACUACCACCCUAA